UGUCUAUAUAACAGGAAGGUAGGAGGCUAUAUAACAGGAACACUGCUCCUCUCAAUCCAUCUGGACCAAAGUCACCUCAAGGUUCUUGAUAGAGCAGAGGAAAUUGUGUCACAGCAGGUUUUGAUCCAUAAUGGCAGUUAAAGGGGGUGCAGCUGCGGCUGGGAUAGUUGCAGAUACGACUGGGAUAUUGGGGGCCAUGGUUGGUGCGAGUCCAACCAUUCGCGAAAUCACCAUUGAUAUUGAAAAUGCAACCCAGGCCUAUUGCCUGAUCAACCCCAGGUUUCACCUGACCAGGGGAGGCUGCCUCAAAACAUUGCCAAUUGAGCUCUACCCGGCGACCAGAGAUGGUGCAGUCUUUGCCAAGAAAAUGAGCACAGCAACAGGCUGCUCUGGCGUCUUCACCUAUGACCUGUCCCUCAACGGUGCUUACUCCGCUAAGAAAAUGGCCGUCAUGUUUUCUGUGCCGUUUGACUUCAAUAUCUAUGACAACUACCUUGCUGUGGGAGUGUUCGACAACAACAAACUAUGUGAUGAACAGCUUUUCAAUGAAAUGUAUAACCUCAAUUCCUUGGAAUUUGAGAAAGGGAAAGCCGCUGAUGGCAUUCUUCGAUAUGAAUACAGCAAUGUUGUUAUCAUGGCCUCAAUGUCAGACAGCUUCGUCCCGUUCUUGAGGUUGAAAGUAAAGCAGACAUAGAAUGGAUGAGUCAAGAUGGGGAACUGCUUAAUGAAAAAUCUGCACUUAGAAAAUAUAUAAACUAAAUGAAAAUAAAAUAAUUGGUGGUCAUCUACAUUUGGGUUUAAUCAGUCAUAUAUACAUUUAGCUUUUUUGUCAUUCAAAAAAUCUAUUAAUAACGAAAGUAUACACUAUAGUCUUUGAUUGAUUGUGUUCUUGCUUACAGCUCAGUUGGCUUGAGUUAAAACAAAGUCAUCAUGAAUACCAAAACUGUGAUUGUGAUUAUUAUGUAAGAAGUCUUAUAAUAAAGCAGCAUCUUGGCCAGUGGUGGGCUCCUG